CGCUGCUCACACACUCCGAGUCGCUGGCAUCGCUACCGGAAGUCGGGGCGCGCGGGCGCCGGCCCCCGACCCGUUCCAACCCGCGCGCCUGCCGUCCCGGGGUUCGUCGGCGCGCGCCGAUUUCCGUAUCCGGCUCCGGACGUUUCCGUUCCUAGUGGGGCCCAUCUAGGAGGUAGGUAUGUGGACAUGCGAGGUCGGUUUCCAUCGCAGGGAUCGUCAAAGUGUGCUUUUGCCGAGGUGGCCUGCCUCGGUUCUGGAGUCUUCCUUACCCAGCGUCUCUGGUAUAUGGUGUCAAAGGCCCUUGCCCGGGAGGACUUGGGUGACGUGCCUGUAGAGAUGGCCCCCACUCCACGUGGAGCCGAGGGAGAAGGGUGCCAGGAUUUGUAUGUUCAUUUGUGGGGCCCUCGUUAUAUGCCUGGGUAAUCGAGAGGUCACGUAUGCCAUACCCCUCACUGUUUUCGAUUACAGAGCUCUCUUGUUCUGGCUUCCUAGACUUUGUAGAGAGUUAGAAUGAGAUGGGUCCUCCAGCCUCUUUUUUUGUUGUUGCUAGGAAUGGAACCUAGCUCCUUAUACAUACCAGUGAGCAACACCCAAAGUCCCUUCAUUUUACCAAUGAGACAUAGAAAGAGGAAUGACCUUCUUAAGACCAUCUGGCUGAUAAAAUGUGGGGUUUUACUAGAGUCCAGGCUUUCUGCUUACACACCAGUCUGCCUUCCAUCUGUUCACGGUAGUUUCAUUUUCCCUCUCUGUGGGUGGUUCUGAUGUCUCCCUUAAGCUCUAUAGAAAAGUCUUAUCUUAUUUUUUUACCCAGGCCUAUGGGUGCAGGUACCAGGAUCACUUUCAUCCCCAGGGUUUUCUGCAGACCUGGACAAUGGUAUUCGACAGAAAAUGAAUCCCUCGUCUUCCUUCCAUCCAUAAGCCACAUUUCCCAGCUGCUCUCCCACCAUCCACUGUCCUCAUGUCUACCAUACUCCUGAAUCUGGAUUUUGGGGAACCUCCCAAAAAGGCAUUAGAAGGCAAUGCCAAGCACCAAAAGUUUGUUAGGAAGCGACGACUCUUGGAACAGAGAGGUCUUCUGAAUAAAAAGAACCAGCCCCCUAGUAAGAUACCCAGAUUGCACUCAGAAUCUCGAAAGAAAGGGGAAACUAGGAAAGUAGAUGGCACUUGGAAAACCCCUCCACUCCCAAAAAAGAAGACAGCUACUUCCAGCAGUGGGUCAGAGCAGUCCCUGGACAAGAAAGCAGUAUCAUGGUUGACCCCUGCUCCUUCCAAGAAAACUGGUUCUAUUGUGGCUAAAAUAGAUUUGCUAGGGGAGUUCCAGAGUGCUCUUCCAAAGAUUAAAAGUCACCCAGCCUGCUCCCAGAAGAAGGGCUCCCAGAAGAAGCCCUGUAAGAAUAUCACCCAGGCUCAUUUAGAAAAUAAGUGCUCCGGAGCAUCCCAGAAAUUGCCAAGGAAGAUGGUGGCAGUUGACUGUGAGAUGGUGGGUACAGGACCCAAGGGACAAGUUAGUUCCUUGGCUCGAUGUAGCAUUGUCAACUACAAUGGAGAUGUGCUUUAUGAUGAGUACAUCCGUCCUCCCUGCCACAUUGUAAACUACAGGACCAGAUGGAGUGGCAUCCGCAAGAAGCACAUGGUGAAUGCCACACCCUUUAAGAUUGCUCGGAGCCAGAUCUUGAAGAUACUCUCAGGGAAGAUAGUGGUGGGACAUGCGAUCCACAAUGACUUCAGAGCCCUGCAGUACUUCCACCCCAAGUCUCUCACCCGAGACACUUCCCAAAUACCCCUCCUCAACCGGAAGGCCAGCUGCCCGGAGAAUAUCACCAUGUCUCUGAAGCAUCUGACUAAGAAGCUGCUGAACCAGGACAUUCAGGCUGGGAAAGAUGGACAUUCCUCUGUGGAAGAUGCCCAGGCUACCAUGGAACUGUACAAGUUGGUUGAAGUCGAGUGGGAACAGCACCUGGCCCAGAAUCCCCCCGAAAAACUAGCAGCUGUGGAGAAACAGGCAGCAGGAGGAGAAAUGGGACAGUAGACCAAGGCACAUCUCUGCCAGCUUCACAUCUAUAGGAGCUAGAAUUACUGGGGAGAGUUAGGCUCAAACCCAGACCUAAUAUCCAUUGAAAUUUCAUGUCAGCUCUUGUGUUCCAUGUCUGGUUAAGUGUCCAUGGGAGGGGAAGACUUUGUGUCAGAACCCAGCCCUAGACUGUUGACUCAUAAAUGGUGCUAACCACGGGUCCCAGGGUGCUUUGUCCCAGUCAAGCUUUUUGACUUUGAGGGGGCAGGGCAUACUGAGAAAUUUAGUUUCUCACACUGCCUUAUCACUAGGGUAGCCCUGUGUCUUUUUUGGGGGUGGGGGUGGGGGGUCUUGUUCAAGGCCUAGACUGGCCUUGAACUCUUGGACUCAGAUAAUCCUCCUGCUUCAGCUUUCCAAGUAGCUGGGACUACACAUGUGCACAACUGCCCAGCUUAUCUCAUUUUAUGCCUUUCUUAAGUAAUUAGCAGGAUUCUUUUACUUUCAAAAGUGUCCUGAGUGGGCAUGGUGGUAUAUGCCUGUAAUCCUAGCUACUUGGUAGGUGGAGGUAAGAGGAUUGCAGUCUGAGGUUGGC